UGGCCGUCGUUCGACAGUAAAAGUAACGCUCAAUUUCAAAUUCAAUGAAAGACGAAUUAAACAUUAAGCAGUUGAAUAGUAAACGAUUGAAAUGUUUUUUGUUACAUUACGUGUUUCAAACUAACAAUGUCCAAUAUAAACAUACUGACGAUUUCGAGUCUAAAAAUUAAAAAAAACUUACUCUUUAUUUAUUAACAUUCAACGAUUGACAUGUACAAGGUAUGUUUGGAAAUCAUUGUAAUGUCAAUUUUCAAAUUUGGAAUACUGGAUGCAAAAUGGCCAAAUCCCAAAAAAGACACAUUGGUAUUCAUCGCUAAUCCCGUGGAAGCCGACAUGCCAGGACACUGGAUACCGUUAAGCAUUGUAAAAGUUAUGUUACAAGGAACCACUAAAAAUGAUAUAAAAAAGUUAGCUCAUAUUGAAACGGUAUUAGCGAGAACAUCCACAAGAAUGAUGACGACAAAAGCAACAACCACAACGACCACGACAACAACGACUCAAACACCGACCACGCCAAUAACGACAGUGACAACAACAAAGGAUGAAGUUCCUUCUACGACUACGCCAACAACGAGUACUACAAAAACAACGACGACUACACCUCCGCCACCACCAACAGCGCUACCUCCGGAUACAGAAACGACACCUACUACAACAACGACGACACCGACAACAACAACUACUGAAGCAUCAACUAUGACAUUAACAACGAUAACGACUCCGACCACAACUACAACCCCGACAACAACUACAACCCCGACAACAACUACGACCCCGACAACAACUACGACCCCGACAACAACUACGACCACGAUAACAACAACGACUCCGACAACAACAACGACCCCAACAACCACAACGACCCCAACAACAACAACGACCCCGACGACAACAACUACCCCAACAACAACUACUACUACUACUACUACUACUACUACUACUACACCGACAACUACAACAAAACAAGGCCCAAAACGUGGUAAACCAAUCACAGACGCUCACGAAAAUAGGAAUAAUUAGAUUAUAAAUAAUCUUCGUUUUGUCUAGAACUUAUUUUGUACAAAGUUUUAAAAUAGAAAUAAAUAAUCAAUUUAUAAUAAUAACCCACAAAGA